AUGGACGGUUUCGCCCCUCGAUCAUCUUCACGUCCAAGACCCUCCUCCCGACCGACCACUCCGCUACGACCGAGCUCCCGCUCGUCCCUCCGAGAAGCCCACGGGUACGGGAAUAGCAUCAGCAAUGCCGGAUACACUCAGCCUGCCAUCAAUGCCUUGGAGCCGCAGUUUGCGGAACUUGCAGACUCCAUGGCAGACCUAGAGGCUAAUUUCAUGCACCUGCAACUGAUGCACGAGAGCUUGACGCGCUUCAGCGACAGCUUCGCUAGUUUUCUGUAUGGCUUGAACAUGAACGCAUUCUGCGUGGAUUUCCCGGAGGCUCCAAUUGCAGAUUCAUUUCGGAGAGCGAAGCAGGGUGAGGCACAGAAAGAGGCUGAGCAUGAGAGUGAGGCUGCGCGACCGGUAGAGGACGGUGAAAUGACUUUUUUGACGACGGACACAUCCUUUGUCGAGCACCCACCUAGCACGAUUUCCUCUAAACCGACAUCCAAGUACUCCACAAGGGGUACAGCACGCGGAACAACACGCGGUACCACUCGAGGUACCACUCGGGGUACAACGCGUGGCGCGGCAACCAGCCGAUAUACCACACGAGGUUCGAGCAGUGCGCGACCGAGCGCUCUUCCCCGGGGCCGAGGAAUUCGGUGA